UACACACACCCUCUUCCCCCUCGCCCUCCUCCUACCUCUGCUCUCCCAGUCCCAGGCGUUCCAAUACCAGCGCAGCCGCUAGCUAACUGUUGCUCGGCUACUCCGACACCAAGGCUUCCCUUCGAUCGACCAGCGGCUAGCCCGAUGACGAAGCAGGGCGUGGUGGUGCCGGUGCCGGCAGAGGCGGCCGUCGCGAUGCCGCCCAACUCGGCGCCGCUCUUCCCGUACCCGCCGCCGCGGGCCGCCGCGCCGGGCGCCGCUGUGCGCAAGAAGUACCUGCAGAUGGGAGCGGCCAACGGCGCCGGCGCUCGCCCCGGCGGCUGGGUCGAGUCCAUGCGCGCCUCCUCGCCCACGCACGCCAGGGCCGCCGCCGCGCUCGCCGCGGGCGUCGACGAGGACCUGCGCGCCGCCUGGAUGGUGGAGCACCCGUCGGCGCUGAGCAAGUUCGACCAGGUGGUGGCGGCGUCCAAGGGCAAGCAGAUCGUCGUCUUCCUCGACUACGACGGAACGCUCUCCCCCAUCGUCGACGACCCCGACGCCGCCUACAUGUCGGACACGAUGCGGCGGGCGGUGCGGAGCGUCGCCAAGCACUUCCCGACGGCGAUCGUCAGCGGCCGGUGCCGCGACAAGGUGUUCGAGUUCGUGAAGCUGGCGGAGCUCUACUACGCCGGCAGCCACGGCAUGGACAUCAAGGGCCCCGCGAAAGGUUCCCGGCACACCAGGGCCGCCAAGGCCAAGGGCGUCCUCUUUCAGCCGGCCAGCCAGUUCCUGCCCAUGAUAGAGCAGGUGCACGAAUCUCUGGUGGAGAAGACCAAGAGCAUCCCUGGAGCCAAGGUGGAGAACAACAAGUUCUGCGUCUCUGUCCACUUCAGAUGCGUCGAUGAGAAGAGCUGGAGCGCGUUGGCGGACAUGGUGAAGUCGGUGCUCAAGGACUACCCGAAGCUGAAGCUGACGCAGGGGCGGAUGGUGUUCGAGGUCCGGCCCACCAUCAAGUGGGACAAGGGCAAGGCCCUCGAGUUCCUGCUCGAGUCGCUGGGCUUCGCCGACUGCGCCGACGUGCUCCCCGUGUACAUCGGCGACGACCGCACCGACGAGGACGCCUUCAAGGUGCUCCGCAGGCGCGGCCAGGGCGUGGGCAUCCUCGUCUCCAAGCACCCCAAGGAGACCUCCGCAUCCUACUCGCUGCAGGAGCCCGCCGAGGUGAUGGAGUUCCUGCUGCGGCUCGUCGAGUGGGAGCGCCUCUCCAAGGCCCGCCCCAAGUGGUGACCGGCCGGCCGGACGACGCCGACCGCCGCCGCCGGUCGCGAGGAGAUCGAUUACCAGACGGAUUAGCAGUAUAUAUCAUAUAUAUUAUAUACACAUCUUCGAUAAUCACGGGUGAUUAAAACUAGAAGAAGGGAGCGUAUCCUGGCGUGGCGCCGCGCCGCUCAGCUCCCGCGUGUGGUGUCGUACGUUAAUUAACCCUACCGAGCUCACUGCGCCCUGCGCAGCCAUGUGCGUCCGCGACGGGGGCCCUCCGCCUUCUUUUUACGGGUGGGGGGCGCGCCCUGUGGUUGCCGGGGGUAGAGGAAGGGCCUCAGAAGCUUGAGCAGCUUUCCGGACCCCUGGCUUGCUAGAGACGAUGCGAUCUGGCUGCUGCGCAGCGAGGCCAAAAAGGGAAAAAAAACAAGAGGAAGAACGUGCUGCGGCUUCAGUUUGUGUAAUUAGUGUUAUUAUUAUUACUGUGGCCGCCUGAAUUCUGAUUCGUGUAAAAGAUGUAUGAAAUGGAGAUCCAGCUACGGGAAUAUUCCACUCUGCUCAAAUCUCAA